AUGGCAAGGUUCAAUGCACGCUGCGACCUAGAUCUGAAGCAGAUUGCGUUCGGCAUCCGGCAUGCUGAGUACAACCCCCGGAAGCACAGCAGCAUCACAGUACGCCUUUUCAAUCCGCGCGUCACGGCUUUGAUCCGAGCGAGUGGCGCAAUCACACUGUCUACAAAUGCAGGCUGCUCUUCGGAGGAUGAUUUGAAGAGGUCGGCGAAGAAGCUGGCCAGACUGAUUCAGAGGUGUGGCCAUGACGCCGCCAAGUUUGCGGAUUUCGCCGUGACAAGCAUCCUCUGCAAGGCCACACUGGGAUUCCCCGUGCGGCUGGACGUCUUGGCCUCCAGGUUCCGGAAGAACGCCCUGUAUGAGCCAGAGUUCUUCAACAGCUGUGUCUUUCGAACUCGAAAGCCACGUUGUACAUUCUUAGUGACAGCUGGGGGCAAGGCGACCUUCUGCACAAGAUCUUGCCAUCAAUGUGGCACCUGCAAGGUUGCAACUCUUGUCGUGUGUUCCAUUGCACCCUGGAGCCAUUCCCAGCUCAUACGAGCAUCCCAAGCCAAAAGCGUUUGA